AGUGCCACAAUGAAGGAAGACAAGCUUCCUGUAGUUGAAUGGCCUAUGUGCCAGUCACACCUUUUGGACUUGUUGUUUAACUAUAACUUUACUUAAAGUGGUUUUCAAACAUCAAAGUGCAGACAUGCUGUGAAACCUGCUCCAUUGACUAAAAUGUCCAGCUUGCAUGAAUUGAAUAGAGUAUGUGCUGUUCCCUUGCGUAACUUUCUCUCUUGGUCUGUGAGCAUCAGUCAGUUGUGUAAAUUACCCAUGAUUCUUUGGCUGUUCUACUCCUAUUUGUGCGGCAGACGCAGGAAGCUAUAGAAGCAAGCUGCCAAGGACGGCAAGCCAUUACUGUUGGGCUUGCUGCCGAGUCACAAGUUGACCUAAGCUGCUUUCCAGGCAUCCUACCUCUGCGGACUGUAUAAUGCGCUGCAGGAGUCAUGACUCCUGUCAUCUCUUAGCCCAACUUCCUCCUGCUGAAUUUCCCAUCCUUGAUGACAUUCCUUCUCUACUGCUCGGUCUCCUUCCCGUCAUCAUUUGUCUCCUGUUGGUCUUCCUGUUUUCAUUCUAACUGCUAUGCCCCUUUUUGCUUCCGCUACUGACUCUCACUAGUUCUGUUUUCUACCCCCCCUCCCCGCCCUGUGGAUUGUACUUCUGCUUGUGACAUUCCUCUCCUGCCUGUCCUUGACAAGUGACCCGAGGAGCAAGAGAUUUUCUCUCUGAUGGAGGGAAAUGAAUCCGACGUGGCGGAGCCUGGACUUUGGCAUGCUGCCGGACCUUCUGGACACCUCGGUGGCUUGCUUCGUGGUGAGGAUCUGGGGAGGACAGGAGGAACAGUACCAGCUCCUCAUAGAAUGGAAGGUCAAUCUGGAUGGCCUCAGAUACACCGGGCAGCAGAUUCGAUCCAGGAAUCCAAAUGAGAUAAUAUUUGGACUGAAUGAUGGCUACUAUGCAGCUGACUUUGAUCAUAAGGAUCAGUCAGAGCGGAAGAAAAACAGUCUGCUUCAGGUCGACCAGAGUUCAGUCAGAAACUCCUACAGUGUGUUCUCUUUGCUCAGACUUCACACAGCCCAGAGAGCCAUCAAGCAGACCCAAGUGACGGUGCAGAAGAUCGGGAAGGAGAUCGAGGAAAAGCUGAGGACGACGGCAACCUGCACAGAGCGGAAGAAAGAGCGGGAGUGCAUGCAGCUGCGUAUAGCUGUGCUGCGCAGUGAACUGCAGCGGCAGAGGAAGGCGCUUGGCAGGGAGAUAGACCUGCGGCACAAGGACAACGCACAGCUUCAGAAGAAAGAGGAAGCGUUCUCCGCCCAGCACGAGGGUCUGAAGGAGGAGAAAGAAUCCUUAACCAAGCUGCAGAAGGAAUGCACUGCCAAGAGAGAGCAGUUCCUCAAGUCCAACGCCCAGCUCACCUUCCGCUGCCGCCAGCUCCUCUCUGAGCUUUCCUACAUCUACCCCAUUGAUGUGGCUAAUCAGUCUGAUUAUGUCAUCUGCGGAGUGAAGCUGCCAAACUCUGAAGAUUUUCAAGCUAAGGAUGAUGGGAGCGUGGCAGUCGCCCUGGGUUACACGUCGCACCUGGUCCUGAUGAUCUCGUGCUUCCUGCAGAUCCCUCUUCGGUAUCCGGUGAUCCACAAGGGUUCACGCUCCUCCAUCAAGGACACCAUCACUGACAGACUCACUGAGAAGGAGCGAGAAUUCCCUUUGUACCCCAGAGGAGAGCGCUUUCAUUUUGAAUAUGGUGUCUACUUACUCAACAAGAACAUUGCCCAGCUGAGAUAUCAACAUGGCUUGACCACCCCAGACCUGCAGCAGACAUUACCCAACCUGAAGAACUUUCUGGAGCAUGGUCUGCUGGUCCGAUGUGACAGACACCAGGUCUCAAGCUCCAUCCCAGUGCCGACCAAGUCUCAGCUUGGUGUGUCUGCUGCCUCAGAGAUGGGCUACCCCUGCCAAACCAGCUCCCCAGACCGAGGCCUGAGAAAAAGGGCGAGCUCGGAAGCCGAUAAGUACAAGCCAACUCCUUCAGCCAGCUAUAUCGCAGCUGUGGGUGAAGAGCAGCCCCCGGUUUGCCUGGCACCGCCCUCGCCUUCACCCAAACACCUAUCCUCCUCCCUUGAUGCCGGCAUGGCCUCACUUAACCUGGCCAAGACUACGGAGUCCAACAAGGAGGGAGAGCAGAAGGAAGAGAAGAAGGAGGUUGAGGAGACAGCUGAUGAGGUGGAGAGACGCAGAAGCAUUGACAGAGACUCUGAAGUAGAAAAAGAAGAAGAGACUGAGGCGCAACCGCCCACUGGCACCGUUUCCCCCAACCCUUUUACAGUGCAGGACACUGGUGAGGAAACUGUUCCAACUAGUCAGCACACAAGAGCCAUGAACGGCUCUUUGGUGCCAGGACAGGCGCCUGUUAGCCUGGUCCCAGAGCUGCGUUGCUCUGUUGAGCAAGCUGAGGAGAUCAUGGGCACAGAGGCCACAGGUUUAGGCUUGGGGUUGGGGAUAGGGUUGGGGUUAGGGCUAGCAGAUGAGGCCCAGAUGGAAGACUACCGCUGCAUCCCUGUGGACCACGCAGUAGCUGUGGAGUGUGAUGAACAGGUGCUGGGAGAGCUGGACGUCGCCGGCUUUGAGGAGUUCUCCAGACGCAUCUAUGCACUAAAUGAGAACAUGUCCAGCUUCCGCAGACCGCGCAAGAACUCCGAUAAGUGAGGCAGAGGACCUAAGGUAGAGAGGGAGGCACGAAAAAACUUUGAAAAAAAGGUUUGGACAAAUACAAGGCAGGGACAUGAGGACAAGGGUGGGGUCCCCACUCCCUUAUCGCAGCAUCAAAAAUCAUCUGAGCUAUUCUGGAAUAACGACCAAUUUGCACUUGUGAACAUUUCCAUAGCAAUUUUUUAAAUGGAGUACAGUUAAAAGUGCAAGUAUCGGGACAGUAAGCUUUACUUUUAUUUUUGAUGCCAGCAUUAAUGUAUUUUUUAACAAUGGAUGGAGCAAUGAGUCAUCAUUCAGACAUUUUUAUUCACAAAAUAAUUUGGCCUCAGCGUUCACAAUCGCCCUCAUGAAGUAGUGUCAGUUAUUGUAGUCUGUCGGUCCAUGACAGGGGACCAUUAAUGUAAAAUAACAACCUAUGUGUACAGCAUCGCUCGUACUGUUUUCAAACUCGUACUGCAAUAACAGCCCUUAACUCCUCGUACAAAACACAACUGUCUCAAAACUGCAUUUAAGAUUCACAUCCACACUCAGAGUGCAGCCUCAGUACAUCUGUGUGUGUAAAGAUCUUUCAAUGCAGCAGCUUUUUUGUGACAUUUUAUCAAUUACAGCAUCAUUAAAGGUCCCAUGACAUGGUGCUCUUUGGAUGCUUUUAUA